GUUACGCCGCCUCUGCUCUUGACCGUCAAGAUUGUUAUCAUGCAUUCCAAGUCUCAGUUUUAUCUUUCGCAGUGUAUCGAAGCAGCGUCGAAGUCGCCGAUGGCAUUCACGCUGGGAUCCGUCAUCGUCAAGGGCGGGAAGGUCAUUUCGACGGGCUACAAUCACCAGCGCGUUCACUAUGACGAGCUGAGCGUCGAUUCCGCCUUUGGGAAGCCCGUGUCGAUGCACGCGGAGAUGCACGCCAUAUACAACUUGACUGGUGGCAGGUCUCCUCCGUUCAAGCAGCAGGUUCAACCGUACCCGUGCCCACAACCGCAUAAACGAAAACGACAAGCAGGAGGGGGGGAUUGUCACGCCGCCGAAGCUACUGCUGCGGCGCAGCGUAAUUUACUCCGCCCUGCUAGUCGGCGUUGUAGAUUUUCAAAGAUCACUGGGGCGGAUCUGUACGUUGUUCGGACGACGAAGAGUGGGAUGGGAUGUGCUAGGCCUUGUUGGCGAUGCAUCGAUUGGUGUGAUUGGGCUGGGAUCAAGCGCAUAUUCCACUGGAGUGAAAGUGACGGGACGUUCUGCUGCCUCAAGGUUGCUGAUGCAAAGAGCACCCCUUACGAGACCCAGGCGGACGUACGUCUGUUUGGUGGUGCUUUGCGAUCUGGGUAGCCAACGAAUUCUGACGGUCGUCGUCGUCGCCGCAUUGAUUUAGGCUCAGUGGGAUGGUCCCCCUCAUGUACAUCUAACUUCACUACCGCUUCAUUAAUGUCCGUUCUUGUUAUCCAUUAAGUCACGCAAGUGCCCGGCUUUCAUACCACCGUGGGAGGGAACACAAGAGGCUUUGUAUUCGCCGGUGCAAAUGAAGGUCAGGUUCUUAUGAAAGACCCAUCUCGAACCCUUUCUACGUCGCGACAGGUCAGACUGUACCUCACAUCUCUCUGCAACGAUCCACCUUCGCUGACAGCCCUCACCGCCUUCUCGCUUGUCAGGAGAUGGAAGUUCUGCACGGGUGUAUUGGUAUCAGUAAACUCCGAUUCCUGCGUUGUUGUGUCAGCCGCUCUAAUAGUAUCAGUUUCAAU